AUGGUGCAGAUGAUGGAGUCGCAGUGCGAGUACUUCAUGUAUUUCCCGGCGGUGCCCAUCACCGACCUGUCGGACCCGGGCCGGUACCGCCUGCUGCCCCGCAGGAGCCACCUGUUCCUGGGGGAGACGGUCCGGUUCCUGCUGGUGCUGCGGUGCAGGGGAGGGGGGACACCGCCCGAGACCGCAGAUGGCGCCGCCCCCAGCUUCGGGUCGGAGUCGGCCAGCAGCCGGGCCUGGAGGGACCUGGCCGGCUCUCUGAGCGCCGUGGCCAGUGUGAGUCCGGGGGAGAGCAGCCGGCACCGGGGGAGCCAGCACCACCACGACUACCAGAGCAGCGGAGACGAGGCCAAUGACGACGGGGAGGACGACUACAUCGCCGCGGCUGAGGCAGCCAUCGCAGCGCUCGGCAACCGGGUCGAUUCCCGCUGCCGGAGCUUCAGGGACUGCAAACCUCUGCUGAUACACAACUCUUCCGGGACGGCCGGGGGGGGGUUCCGCAGGGCGCCGGUUCAGUCCCCUCUGGACGAGCCCGUGGUCCUGACCGAUGAGGUCAUCUUCCCGCUCACCGUCUCCCUGGACAAACUGCCCGUCAGCACGCUGAAGGUCAAGGUGAUGGUCACGGUGUGGAAGAAGGAGGCGGAGAAGGCGGAGGUUCAGGAGCUGGGAUACCUGAGCGUCCUGCAGCAGAGAGAGCCUACACACACCUUCAGACACGACCUGAACACCUUCAAGGCUCAGGUGAGCACCACGCUGACCGUGCUGCCCCCCCCCACCGUCCGCUGCAAACAGAUGACCGUCUCCGGGCGACACCUCGCCUUCCUCAAAGUGCUGAACGAGUCCUCUCAGGAGGAGCUGAGUGUCCGGGACGUCCGGAUCCUCCCGAACCUGAACGCCUCGUACCUCCCCAUGAUGCCGGAUGGCUCAGUGCUCCUGGUGGACAACGUGAGCCAUCAGUCGGGGGAGGUGGGCAUGGCGUCGUUCUGCAGGGUGGACAGCACGGCCUGCCGCCUACCAAGCAUGCUCAGCGCUCUUGAGGAGCACGACUUCCUGUUCCAGCUCCACCUCAACGACACGCCGCCCGACGACUCCACCGAGGGUCUGGAGGUCCCCCUGGUGGCGGUGCUGCAGUGGUCGACUCCCAAGAUGCCGUUCACCAACUGCAUCUACACCCACUACAGGUUGCCCAGCCUGCGUCUGGACCGGCCUCGCUUCGUGAUGACGGCCAGCGCCCCGAGCACGGUGCGGGUCAAAGAGAACUUCAAAGUGAAAUACGUCCUGCUCAACAACCUGCAGGACUUCCUGGCGGUCCGCCUCGUCUGGACCCCUGAGGGUCGGGGUGUGCGUGACGAAGCCUCCCUGGCAGCCGUGGUGUGUCACUCCCCACUCAGUAACCUGGGUCACUGCCGGAGAGGAAGCACCAUCUCCUUCAGCGUGGCCUUCCAGAUCCUCCGACCCGGACUCUACGAGCUGAGUCAGCACAUGAAGCUGAAGCUGCAGUUCACUGCCUCCGUGUCCAACCCCCCCCCCGACGCCCGGCCGCUGUCACGGAAGAACAGCCCGUCCAGCCCGGCCUUCAGAGACCUGCUGGACCGACACCAGGCCAGUCUGGGCCGAUCCCAGUCCUUCUCCCACCAGCAGCCGUCCCGCUCCCACAUCAUGAGGACGGGCAGUGCCAUGGAGCGGCGGGCCAUCACCCCCCCCGUGGGCUCCCCGGUGGGCCGGCCCCUCUACCUGCAGGACAAGUCCCUGCUGUCUGUGGACAAGAUCGCCAAGAGGGAGUGCAAGGUGCUGGUGCUGGAGUGAGGGGGGUGGAGGGAGAGAGGGAGGAAAGGAAGGAAGGAAGGAUGGAGUAAGGGAAGGACGCAAGGAGAGAAGGAUAGAGCAGAUAAGAGGACUGUGAUGCAAUGAGGAGGAAGACCCUUCAGUAUGUCACAUGCAUUCUCCCGUUGAGCCACCAGGGGUGUAACCCGCCUGUAUGGACCUGAGGCUCUGCACAGCUCUGAUGUAAUAUCACUAUAAAUAUACAUGUAUUAUUGAAAGGGGCCAGAGCCCCCCCACCUUCAGUGUUAUCACCUUUUUUUCACACCUGAAUCAUUUAUUAUAUUUUAUUUAUGAUUUAUUAUAUUUUAUUAUAUUUUAUUUAUGAUUUAUUAUAUUUUAUUAUAUUUUAUUUAUGAUUUAUUAUAUUUUAUAUAUUAUUAUAUUUUAUUUAUGAUUUAUUAUAUUUUAUAUAUUAUUAUAUUUUAUUUAUGAUUUAUUAUAUUUUAUAUAUUAUUAUAUUUUAUUUAUGAUUUAUUAUAUUUUAUAUAUUAUUAUAUUUUAUUUAUGAUUUAUUAAAUUUAUAUAUUGUUAUA